GGAGUAUCAAAGCCUCCAACUUUCCCAUGCAUGGUGUUACUCACACAAAUGACGAGCAUCUACCUUAGACCUUAGUCCAUCUCCAUCAUACUAAAAAAACCGUACAAUCCAAACACAAGAAUCGAUCCCAGGAUCCAAUAUUGCAGAAACUGAAGCACAGAAACUCAGCGGAAAGCCAAAAGUUGGAUCAUGCUUGAGAUUUGAGAUGGAUUAGUUUCGAGAAUUCUGAAAGCAAGCAUUACUACUUAAGCUUAUGUCAUUUGUACAAUGGGGUUGAACCGUAAUUAGAAUCCAAUUUUGAGCAAAAAUCUCUCUCCAUCCUCCAGCACAACCAACCCCCCCUGCAAUAUACUCUCUGCCAAAAGGGAAGUCUUAAAAUGGAAAAUUGGUGUGAUCUCCUCCAUCUUUGUAGGAAACCCAUCUUAGAUUUUCAUAGACAACGCAGCCCAUCCUCCAUCCAUGAUAUCAACUUUUUUGUAUCCGAGUCAACUCACCAAACUCGCUCCCCCCUAAUUCAACUUUUCUAAUUCUACUCCCAUUUUUUUUUCCCCAUGUUUCCUUUCCUACAUGCCCUAAUUCUCUAUUUGUAUUGGUGAAUUUUCAUCUGUAGGAGGAUACUAUAAUUAUUAUAGCUUUAUCAUUAUUUAUUAUUUAUUCUUUUUGAGAAGAUAGUUUGUAUAUUUGUUUUAGGGAGUUUCAUCUGUAUAUCUGGGCAGAUUUUGCUAAAAAGAUUCGUGCAAUUUGGUUCAAUUAGGGCGUCAAUUCAUCAAAAGUUUGGAAUUCUUCGGACGUGCUGCUGACGAAGACAGAGUAUUGUGGGGGUUUCGUUGUGGAAUUGUUAUUUGAAGGUUACAUUGAUCUGAUUAAAAAAAAAAAAAAAAAGAAGAAGAAGAAGAAGAUCAAUUUCCCCCUGCAUUUUGUCCUGAUGAGAAGAACGUUGAUGGGAUCAAGGAGAUAUUUUUCGCAUGAAGGUGAAAUUCAAGAGGGUUAGGCAUUUUCCGACACAAAUCAUUUCAUGGGGAAUAACUGUGUUGGACCCAAUUUGGGGAAUAAUGGCUUCCUUCAAUCUGUCACAGCUGCCGUCUGGAAAACCAGGCAGCAGGAAAUAACUCUACCGCCCAAAGAAGAUGAGAAUAGUAGCAAGAAUGACAGCAAAAGCAAAACAGACAAUCAAAAUCAAGUGGGUUCAUCUUCAAAAAAAUCAGAGCUCGAGUCUAAUUCAUCUGAUGUUCAAAGUAUUCCGCCCACACCCGUUAAGAUAGGCAAUGACGGGAAAUCGUCAGAGGUGGAAAGCAGCAAUCAAAAGAACAAUGGUGUUAGUAAUAAGCCUGUGGAGGCGGUCAAACAGAAUAAGCCUGGUCAUUUCAAGCGAGUUUCAAGCGUAGGGCUUCAAGUCGAAUCAGUUUUAGGACGAAAAACGGGUAAUUUGAAGGAGCUUUAUAGUUUAGGGAGGAAAUUAGGACAAGGGCAGUUUGGAACCACAUUUUUGUGCAUCGAAAAGGCUACAGGGAAAGAGUAUGCUUGUAAAUCAAUCGCUAAGAGGAAAUUAACUACAGAGGAGGAUGUGGAAGAUGUGAGGAGAGAAAUUCAGAUAAUGCAUCAUUUGGCAGGGCACCCGAAUGUUAUAUCUAUAGUGGAAGCUUAUGAGGAUGCAAUUGCAGUCCAUGUUAUAAUGGAGCUUUGUGCAGGAGGGGAGCUUUUUGAUAGAAUAAUACAGAGGGGCCAUUAUACUGAGAGAAAGGCUGCUGAACUUGCAAGGGUCAUUGUUGGUGUUGUGGAAGCCUGCCAUUCUUUAGGUGUUAUGCACAGAGAUUUGAAGCCUGAAAAUUUUCUUUUUGUAAAUGAGCAAGAGGAGGCAGCACUUAAAACUAUCGAUUUUGGGCUCUCGAUGUUCUUUAAACCAGGUGACACAUUUAAUGAUGUAGUUGGAAGUCCUUAUUAUGUUGCCCCAGAAGUUUUGCGGAAACAUUAUGGCCAAGAAUGUGAUGUUUGGAGUGCCGGAGUAAUCAUAUACAUAUUGCUAAGCGGUGUUCCCCCUUUCUGGGAUGAAACGGAGCAGGGGAUUUUUGAGCAGGUCUUAAAAGGUGAACUAGACUUUAUUUCAGAACCUUGGCCUUCAAUAUCUGAAAGUGCAAAAGAUCUUGUCAGAAAAAUGCUCGUACGAGACCCGAAGCAGAGGCUCAAAGCAUACGAAGUUCUAAGCCAUCCAUGGGUCCGAGUUGAUGGUGAUGCCCCCGAUAAGCCUCUUGAUUCUGCUGUUUUAAGCCGGCUGAAGCAAUUCUCUGCAAUGAACAAGAUCAAGAAGAUAGCUAUAAGGGUUAUAGCUGAAAGUCUGUCAGAGGAAGAAAUUGCUGGGCUCAAACAAAUGUUCAAAAUGAUAGAUGUAGAUAACAGCGGAAACAUUACAUUGGAGGAACUGAAAAAUGGUUUGGAAAAAGUGGGAGCAAAUCUAAAGGAUUCAGAAAUAGUUUCUCUGAUGGAAGCUGCAGAUAUUGACAACAGUGGCACCAUUGACUAUGGUGAAUUUGUUGCAGCGAUGCUCCAUCUAAAUAAGGUCCAGAAAGAGGAUCACUUAUAUGCAGCCUUCUCAUAUUUUGACCAAGAUGGGAGUGGGUACAUCACCAAAGAUGAACUCCAACAGGCUUGCGGGAAGUUUGGUAUUUGCGACGAUCACCUUGAUGAAAUUAUCCGUGAAGUAGAUCAAGAUAAUGAUGGGCGCAUAGACUACAACGAAUUCGUGGCCAUGAUGCAAGAUACGAAUUUUGGCAGAAUGGGACAAUGAGUCAAAUGUAAGCUAUGUUUUUGAAAAGGAUUAUAUGGUAGUUCACCAUGGUUGAGGCAGCAUGAACUUUAUAUAGAUGUUAACUUGUGUAGUCUUUGACAAUGUAUAAGCGGGAACAAAGGAUUUGACACAGUGAUGUUGUAAAGUAGGGAAGAUGUUGGCCAUCGAUGAUUGUUUUGUUUUCCAUUCUUUAUUUUUUUUUUUUAUUCUCUUAAGAAUAGUCUGGUCUAGAUCCGGUGUCCUUUAUUGUUAUUGUGCCCUUAGAAGUAAAUGUAAAAUAUUUGUCCCUGCUUUGGCUAUUUGAUUUUUAACUUUUCUACUCGAGAACACGAGGUAGUUGAAAUGCUAACUUUAAGAUUUACG